AUGCCUAACGAGCGACACCUCGGCAUUGGCCUCUUGGGCCAUAGCCAACCAGGAAGCUGCAUUCACAGCCCAAUAGUCAUCUCUGAUGACCCAAUCAUCAUCUCUGAUGAUGAUGAUGAUGGUGAUGAUGAAGCCCACGAGGCCCAAGAUCAGCUCGUGAAUCCUGAAGCCAAUGUCGCCAAAGAUGCUUCUCCUAAUGAACCAGAGACAGAGCAGGCCAACGCAACCCCCAAGAAGACUCAGGAGAAGAAGUCCAACACUGUCGACGACGCUGGUGAGGAACCUUCGAAAGGUCAAGCCUCCAAGCGUCCCGCAACCGACGAGGUAAAGGGACAGGCUCAGGGUAUUGCACAAGAGCAUCGGAACAAGAAGGCCAAGGUCUAUCAUAAAGCAGAGACUCAAUCUGGCCGACCUAAAGACGAGGGCUGUGGCCAGCGUGACAUUGGCAAGUAUCCCGUAUGGAGUGCCGACCUCAGCGAAGACGAACUGAAGACCUGCCUCGUCUUUUACAACCAUCUCGGCAGCCACGGCUAUCUCAGCCAGUACGCAAAGAUCCCUUUUAGGGAAUAUUUUGUCGAUAAGCGCAACAAUGUCACAUUCGUCGAGUGGGAGACGGCUGAGCAUCGCAUGCACUAUGAGAAGGCCAAGCUAUUUGGUGAUGACGAGACAGCUGAGGAGAUUCGCAACGCCAAGGACGCCAAUGCUGCACGACUUCUCGGUCGCGAAGUCGCCAAUUUCGACUGGAAGGUUUGGCGCAAGCAUCGUCUCGACAUUGGAAUUGGAUACUCCUGGAACGCUGGCAAGUACAAGAAUGAUACAUGGGGUCAAAACCUUCUCGGUCGACUCUUGAUGGAGAUUCGCGCGCGACUCGGCAUCAUGGCCCGCGAUUACAUGACCUCCCCUUCGAUGCCUCGGAUUGUCCUGGAAGACGAGGACUUUGAUGAUGACAAGGGAUGGGAGGGUGUGGUCAAGGAGGAGGAGGGAGAGGGCAUUGGCGAAGAGCCUGAGGAUGUUAUGCCGUGA